AUGUAUCCUGCAGAAAUGGAGGUAUCUCCUGAUGUAGACGACGACAGGGUACGUGAAUGUUCCGGCGCUUCCCCUGUUUGCGCGCGCGCAUCUUCUCAAACUAACUCUCGACGCUCUCCGCUUGAAGACGACUUUGAAGAAGCCUCUUCCGUCUCCUAUGCUACCGGAUCAAAGCGAAAGCGUGACACUGUCACUCCGCCCGCGCAGAAACGUCCAGCUUCUGAACCCGGUGCACCUUCCCUUCCUCAGGACCGACACCCUCCUCACUACAACUGGUCACGCGACUGCACUCCUAUUCUUGACGAGUCUCUGCUGAGUCGACGUAAGUCUCUUUCCCUCUCAUGCCAUCUUGCCUUUAUUCCCAAAUGCUUGGACGAGCAACUUAUUGUUCCGAAUUUAGUAAGCACUGAAGAGCCCGAAGACCUCGAAGAACUUGUUAGGACACGUCCGUUUGGCUGGGCUCGUGCUCUUCACGGAAUGUCUCCCCUGCGGCCCCUGGAGCUGCCUAGCAGUCCACACAGUACCACCAGCUCGCGCGUUUGGGAAACAAACCGGCCUUCCAACUACCACUUCACGAUCUACGAAGACUCACAGGGCCAUGCGACACCAAACGCCAGUCCUCUGCAGGAAGGCUUCCACCCACAGGAAGAGGAUAAAGAAAACAUCUUUGUUUCUCGCUCUGACUUUGAUAGCUCUGAUGAUGAAGGAGAUCAGUCUCACCCUGACCUCGCCUGGAGUGAAGCUUCCACCGGGCCUCGUGAUGCCUUCGGUCUGCCACUCAAUCGCGAGAUGUCUGACUUUGUCCCGCCUCGCAAUGCGCCAUUCUCCGAGCGUCCUAUGCGUCAGGGUCGUGAGGUUCUGCGAACCAUCUGGGUUGACGAGGCGCAAGCCCCCGAGGAAGAUGAUGAUUGGCUACACGAUGGCAGUCUGACUGAUACCCAGAUUCGGGAGAUUGAGGAUAUCGAAGCAAGUUACCAACGAGGACAACUAAGCAGAGCCCGCUCUAACCGCCACCAGGCUUUGCGUGAUGAUGCUCCUGUUCAGGCUUCGACCAACUUCCACACCGAUGUUCGUCGCGUCCUUCGUUUCCAGCGACACGAGGACCGGUCUACCACUCCUGAGGAUGGCCCCGUCCCUUCUCAGGAUCGCCUGGUUACCCGCGAGGGAAACGAGGACGAGCUUCAGGGGGAGGAUCAGGAGCAGGACCAGUAA